CCUGCCUUUAGUACUUUUGCUUUAUUAAAGGAGAAACGUUUCUUUUAUCCUCUUGCACUCAUGAAGAUGUGAGAGGUACAAACCCCCACGUUUUCGGUGCUGAAGUUUUAGCCAAAACAAAAUAAAGAUAAAGUUUGGUUUCAAACUGAUCAGAGGAGUUGGCAGCACGACACUGACUCGUGAAACUGACCUCCCGCAGGUACAUUGAGGAGGUGCGAGAUCGUGGAUUCGCUGGCAGGGUUCCAGACUUGUUCCCCUCCUCGGCCAAUCUUCGCUUCUAUCAUUUAUUGUUGUGGGAAUUCCCUGAUGUUUUGAAGUUCUGGGAAGCGGGCGAACUCUUUACAUGGAUGUGUCGGGGAGGAGUCGUUAGCUGAUAGAGAAAUGGAAGUGGUUGACGAGACUGAAGCUUUGCAACGCUUUUUUGAAGACCAAGAGGUAGCGCAGUCCAGAAUGGCUUAUGCAGACGGCCCCUUCAGACAUUACAACACAGGACAUGAAAUCAAUGGAGCUCUUGAUACGUCCAACAUUGAUACAAGUAUUCUGGAGGAGUACAUCAGCAAGGAAGACUCCACUGAAAUCUGUUUUCCAGAGCUCCCAGUCUCAGUAAGUUAUUCCAACCCUCAAGCAUCUGGCAGUGGUUCGGUUGGCCAUUCUAUUCCCAGCGCCAUUGUGAACACAGGACACCUGAACAGCCCUUCCACCAGUGGAGUCAACCAUCUUUGUCACGUCGCUGCUGGCUCUAUUCCAGUUGCAACUAGGCAUGGAAGUCACAUGCCUAACCCUGUAUCAUGUGGCCCAAGCCUCAGUGGUCAUGUGAACUGUACUGGCAACAAUGGAAUGAUAGUAAAAAGCUAUCCCAGCAACAUUUGCAUGAACAGCAACACAACUGCUAUUAAAGUGGAGCCAAAGCCCUCCUAUGCACCUGGCACUUUACCUGAAUCUCCUCCUGAUUCUGGAUCCGAGCCGUACUCCCCUCCACAGGCGAAUGCAGAGUCCCACCUGCUCCGCACUAUGACGCCGGAACACCUGUGUCAUAUGGCACCCCCUUCUCGUUUGGAACAUCCUGCACAAACACACCUCCAACCACCACACCCUCAUCAGCCGCCCAACCCUCACUAUCCCAAUGUGCCACGGGAGAUGUACAUGAAGCCUGAGCCAAUGAUGACCCAGUAUCCAGUAUCCGGAAUAUCGCCAAAUGAACUCCAUCAGGCCCAGCAGUCACAAAUGCUUCACCAGCUUCUACAGCAUCAUGGAUCAGAAGGUAUUCCUGUGCAUCCAGCCAAGAAGCGGAAACAUUCAGACUCCCCGCCAAACACUUUAAACACUCAGAUGCUGAAUGGAAUGAUUAAACAGGAGCCAGGGUUAAUCCAAGACAAUGACAGCCUGAAUGGCUCCUAUCUGGACCCCAACUAUCAGUGCAUAAAAUGGCAGCCACACCAGCAGAACAAAUGGACCACUCUCUGUGAUGCCAACUGCAAAGAUCUACCCAAUCCUAGCUACAGAGUAGAUGCUGACAAAGGCUUUAACUUCUCUGUCCCUGAUGACGCUUUUGUUUGCCAAAAGAAGAACCACUUCCAGGUCACUGUUUAUGUUGGCAUGAUGGGUGACCCUAAAUAUGUGAAAACCCCUGAGGGGCUCAAACCAAUUGAUUUCUUCUUCCUGAAAUUGCACGGAGUAAAGUUGGAGGCAAUGAACCAGAGCAUCAAUAUUGAGCAGUCACAGUCAGACCGCAGCAAGCGGCCCUUCAAUCCAGUCACAAUUAACAUCCCUUCUGAUCAGGUCACAAAAGUCACAGUUGGAAGGUUACAUUUCAGCGAAACAACAGCCAACAACAUGAGAAAGAAGGGCAAACCCAAUCCAGACCAAAGGUACUUCAUGCUGGUGGUAGCCCUUCAAGUUCAGACCCAGAAUCAGAACCACCUUGUGGCUGCUCAGAUCUCGGAAAGAAUUAUUGUCCGGGCGUCAAACCCUGGACAGUUCGAGAGUGACACAGAUGUCCUGUGGCAGCGUGGUCAACUUCCUGACACCGUCUUUCACCACGGUCGAGUAGGUAUUAACACAGACCGUCCUGACGAAGCGCUGGUUGUCCAUGGGAAUGUGAAAGUCAUGGGCUCAUUAAUGCACCCGUCAGACGCUCGGGCAAAGGAGAACAUCCAGGAGGUAGAUACUACAGAGCAGCUGAGGAGGAUCACACAGAUGCGACUGGUCCAGUAUCAGUACAAGCCAGAGUUUGCUGCCACAGCAGGCCUCGAGAAUGCUUCUGAGACAGGUGUUAUCGCACAAGAGGUGAAGGAAAUUCUGCCUGAGGCCGUGAAGGAAUCUGGGGAUGUGGUGUGUGCCAACGGAGAAACCAUUGAGAACUUCCUGGUGGUUAACAAGGAACGGAUUUUCAUGGAGAACGUGGGGGCUGUCAAGGAGCUUUGCAAACUAACUGACAACCUUGAGACACGGAUUAACGAACUGGAGACAUGGAGCCGGAAACUGGCCAAGUUAAAGCGGCUUGACAGCAUGAAGUCCACUGUCAGUGGGGGGACACUAAGCCAAUCUGGCAGCCAUUUUAGUCGGGCUGGAAGUGGGCAACAUAAGAAAAGGCACCCAAAAGCUGGCAAUAAGACUCCUCCUAACCCAACAGAGCAAGGUUGCCUUAGCCAGAAGUUCCUCCAGGGCACCAUCAUAGCUCUUGUUAUCAUCAUGGCAUUCAGUGUAAUAUCCAUGUCCACCCUCUACGUGCUGAACUUGCGAAAUGAUGAUGGUGCAGAUGCUGAUGGACCAUUUGGAAAUGUCAACCCAGACUCAACUUCAACAGAAAACCAUUGGCCUACACCUCUAGACUGGCACGGCACAAUUGGAGCUCAACAACCAGUUGGUAUGCCUUCACCUGCUUCUCCUGUGUCCCACUCCCUUCGUCCACUUAGUUUAUGCUACACCUCUCCAUGUGAAGUAUUGUGCUGCCCCCUUAACUCUACAAAUCCACCCAGCAGUAGCAUCCUGCCAGUGACUACCAUCCCAUUGACCCCUUCUUCAGCUAGCACUAACCAUUCCACUGCUGAUCAAUCUGGCCCAUCCUCCACCAGCAACAUCAAAGCCAAAUCUUCAGUAAAUGAGAAUCGGAAUGAAUAUAACAUCAGGCAGAUGUCUCCCAGGGAUGGGAUCAGCAGCUCAAACAAUUAUAGUCCUUCACCGCCACAGAUCCCGAAUAUCCAUGGCAAAUCACAGUUUCCUCCUCACUUUACCAGUAUGCAGAAUAAACUGCCUGGUCUGCAGACAAGAAGACAAAGAAGCACAGAGCAGACAGACUCAACUGACAGCAAUGCAGACUGGCAGAACACCACCUUAAGUUCUACCCAGAUUGUUGAGAAUGGUCUGGAGAUCACAGAGCAAUAUUGUCUGGCGCAGGGAUCCUGCAGCUCAGGGAAUUAUACCUACUCAAUCCCAGUCAGCAAGACCACCCCUGUCGAUGUCACCAUCACCUUGCAAAUGAAGACCUCUUUGCCUCUAGUUGUUUAUUUGUGUAGUGUCAACUAUGGCAAUUUAUGCGGGACUAUAUCCAGCACUGGCUUGAAGAUGGAAACUUCACCAACCCAGGGAACAACACAUAACUGGCCACUGGUGGUUGGGCCAUACUACGACAUCACCUAUCACUUUCGAGUGGCCAUUCCAAGCCGAGCUACAUGCAACAGCGAGAGCACAUCUGCUGGAGAUACCUUCACGCAAUACAACUUCCAUUUCUACCGAGUCUGCAAUUGAACAGGAAGGGGCUUCAUGGUGAGACAGACCACUAGCUUUCCUCUACAAAAGCUUCAUCAUCAACGAGGAAUAUUUCCUGGUCCAGGACAAUGUAGCCACUCAGAACGACCAAAGGAGACAUUGGUGUGAUUGAGGAGUUCUACACACCACACACCUGCAGCCUGCACUUACCGCUUCCUGCUGGGACAGGAACUUUUAUUUUGAGUGAGGGAUUGGGGCUGGGGGAGGGAUGGAGAGAGAGGGAGGAAAGAAAAUUUUCUCUUUCCUCGAAAUGAAUUUUGGAAUGGGAUUUUCUGUACAGCACAGGCUACUGUAAAAGGCACCAUUCAGUAAAAAAAUUCAGAAAAUGAUGGCUCAGACCAAAUGAAUCUUAGAACUUCUAUAGGUUAAAUUUAAGAUUAGGAUUGCAGCAUUAAAACCAAAUUUGCUCAGCUAUAUAAUAAAUAGGAUUAACAUUGUUGAGAUUUUGUAACCAGAGUGCAACAAUCACAUAAAAUUUAGACACACCCCAUUUUGUCAGUAAAAACAGUUCCCACUGCUGAUCUCUGCCAUAGCUGCAUAUGGGAUACCAUAAUUAGUUGCAGUGCCCUGCACAAGGGAAAGAAAAAAGAAAAAAAAGUCAAAUGUUGCUGAUGCUGCUCACUGUUCAAUGACUUGUGUUCCGAAGUCUAUGUGUGGACAGGAUCAGAAUGAGUUACAAUGAUUUAUGCAGUAAAAGUGCUUUCAUAUGAAGAAUCAUCACUUGACUACAGUACUGGAAGGGUUAUUGGCUUUUCCAGAGAAA